AUGAGCGAACCUACCAAGAUCAGUAUCUUGGGUCGGGAGAGCAUUGUCGCUGACUUCGGCCUGUGGCGCAACUAUGUCGCCAAGGAUCUGGUCAGCAACUUGCCUUCGACCACCUACGUCCUCAUCACCGACACCAAUCUCGGGUCAAUCUAUACGCCCGGGUUCCUGAAGGCCUUCGAAGCCGCCGCCGCCUCCAUCUCUCCUGCCCCGCGGCUCCUAGUCUACAAUGCCCCGCCAGGUGAAAGUUCCAAGUCCCGCCAGACCAAAGCCGAUAUCGAAGAUUGGAUGCUGAGUCAAUCGCCCCCAUGCGGCAGAGACACAGUGGUCAUUGCAUUGGGUGGUGGCGUGAUUGGUGACCUGACGGGAUUCAUUGCGGCAACCUACAUGCGCGGCGUCCGCUUCGUACAGGUCCCGACAACUUUGCUUGCCAUGGUUGAUUCCUCGAUUGGAGGGAAGACCGCCAUCGACACGCCGUUGGGCAAGAAUCUCAUCGGUGCCAUCUGGCAACCCUCGAGGAUCUACAUUGACCUUGAGUUCCUCGAGACUCUCCCCGUGCGCGAAUUCAUUAACGGUAUGGCCGAAGUUAUUAAGACGGCAGCCAUCUCCAGCGAAGAAGAAUUCACAGCUUUGGAAGACAAUGCGGAUACCAUCCUCGGUGCCGUGCGAAAGGAAGUGAAGCCCGGUCAAGGCCGAUUCGACGGAAUCCGGGAUAUCUUGAAAGCAAGAAUUUUGGCUUCUGCCCGCCACAAGGCCUACGUUGUCUCAGCGGACGAGCGGGAGGGCGGUCUCCGCAAUUUGCUGAAUUGGGGUCACUCCAUUGGUCAUGCCAUUGAGGCUAUUUUGACACCUCAAAUUCUGCACGGAGAGUGUGUUGCCAUUGGUAUGGUCAAGGAAGCCGAGCUCGCACGGCAUCUGGGCAUAUUGAAGGGCGUUGCCGUGGCUCGCGUAGUCAAGUGCAUUUCGGCCUAUGGACUUCCCACGUCAUUGAAAGAUGCUCGCGUGCGGAGAUUGACGGCAGGCAAACACUGUUCUGUGGAUCAGCAGCUGUUUAACAUGGCGCUGGACAAGAAGAACGAUGGACCCAAGAAGAAGGUUGUUCUAUUGGCGGCUAUCGGGCGCACCUACGAGCCCAAGGCUAGCGUUGUGUCCAAUGAAGACAUCGGAGUGGUCCUCGCUCCGAGCGUUGAGGUUCACCCCGGUGUCCCUCAGACUCUGAAUGUGACUUGCGCACCGCCCGGAUCGAAGAGCAUCUCGAACCGAGCUCUUGUACUUGCUGCGCUUGGCUCAGGUACUUGCCGUGUCAAGAAUCUGCUUCACUCCGACGACACCGAAGUGAUGUUGAAUGCCCUAGAGAAGCUGGGGGCUGCGACUUUCUCCUGGGAGGAGGAAGGCGAGGUGCUCGUGGUGAACGGCAAGGGAGGAAAUAUCACCGCUAGCCCAUCGUCCCUGUACCUGGGCAAUGCUGGAACUGCCUCUCGCUUCCUGACUACUGUGGCAACCCUCGCCAGCCCGAGCAGUGUCGAUUUUAGCAUUCUUACGGGCAACAACCGGAUGAAGCAACGGCCGAUUGGUGAUCUCGUUGACGCUCUGACUGUCAACGGUGCCAGCGUUGAGUACAUGGAGAGCCAGGGCAGCUUGCCUCUCAAGAUUGCUGCCUCUGGUGGUUUCGCUGGUGGCAAGAUCAACUUGGCCGCCAAGGUCUCUUCUCAGUACGUGUCGUCUCUGCUCAUGUGUGCUCCGUAUGCCAAGGAGCCGGUGACCCUGAAGUUGGUCGGUGGCAAGCCGAUCUCCCAGCCUUACAUCGAUAUGACCACGGCAAUGAUGAGGUCCUUUGGUAUUGACGUGCAAAAGUCCACAACUGAGGAGCACACUUAUCACAUUCCCCGGGGUAACUACGUGAACCCUGCUGAGUACGUCGUCGAGAGUGAUGCAAGCUCUGCUACUUAUCCACUGGCCAUUGCGGCUGUCACCGGCACUGCCUGCACGGUUCCGAAUAUUGGCUCCAAGUCGCUUCAAGGUGAUGCUCGUUUUGCAGUGGAAGUUCUGAGGCCCAUGGGCUGCGAUGUCAAGCAGACAGAUACUUCCACCACAGUCAUUGGACCCGCCAAUGGUGUUCUGAAGCCGCUUCCCAAUGUGGACAUGGAGCCGAUGACCGAUGCCUUCCUUACGGCAUCUGUUCUCGCUGCCGUUGCUCAAGGCGAGGGCUCGAAGCACACAACGCGCAUUUAUGGAAUCGCCAACCAGCGCGUCAAGGAGUGCAACCGUAUCCAAGCCAUGAAGGAUGAGCUGGCCAAGUAUGGUGUGAUCUGUCGAGAAUUCGAUGACGGCUUGGAGAUUGAUGGAAUUGAUCGCUCUACGCUGCGCCAGCCUGCCGGCGGUGUUUUCUGCUACGAUGAUCACCGUGUUGCCUUCAGCUUCAGUGUGCUGUCUCUUGUGGCACCUCGCUCUACGCUCAUUCUUGAGAAGGAAUGCGUGGGUAAGACAUGGCCCGGCUGGUGGGAUACCUUGAAGCAACUCUUUGGUGUGAAGCUUGACGGCAAGGAACUGAAGGAAGGCGAAUUGGCUGUCUCUACCGAAGCGGAGAGGGCUAGCGCCUCAGUCUUUAUUAUCGGAAUGCGUGGCGCAGGAAAGACGACCACUGGACACUGGGUUGCAAAGAUUCUGAACCGCCCGUUUAUCGACCUAGACAUGGAGCUUGAGAAUUCCGAAGGAAUCAGCAUUCCGGACAUUAUCAAGCAUCGCGGAUGGCAGAGUUUCAGAGAUUCAGAACUGGCUGUUCUCCAGCGAACGAUGAAAGACCGCCCAACCGGCUACGUCUUCGCAUGCGGUGGAGGUAUCGUCGAGAGUCCCGAAGCACGCAAGAUGCUCAGCGACUACCACAAGAACAAGGGCAAUGUUCUGCUCAUCAUGCGAGACAUCGAGCAGGUGAUGGAUUUCCUACAAGUCGACCAGACCCGUCCCGCCUACGUGGAAGAUAUGAUGGGAGUGUGGCUGCGCCGGAAGCCAUGGUUCCAGGAGUGCAGCAAUAUUCAGUAUUACAGCCAGCACUCCAGCUCGACCGAGCUUCAACUCGCUUCUGAAGACUUUGCGCGCUUCCUGAAGGUAGUGACUGGCCAGGUGGACAAUCUCAGCCUCAUCAAGAAGAAGAAGCACUCGUUCUUCGUCUCCCUGACUCUGCCUGACCUGCGUCCAUGCAGUGAAAUUCUAAACCAGGCUUGUGUCGGUUCUGAUGCUGUGGAGCUGCGGGUCGACCUGUUGAAGGACCCCAAGUCCGACGGCGAGAUUCCCUCGGUGGACUAUGUCGCCGAGCAAAUGUCGUUCCUCCGCCGACGUGUCUCGCUUCCCCUGAUCUUCACUAUCCGAACGAAGAGCCAAGGUGGUCGUUUUCCUGAUGACGCCAGCGAAGCCGCGAUGCAGCUCUACAAGCUGGCUUUCCGGUCUGGCUGCGAGUUCGUGGAUCUCGAGAUCGCAUUCCCUGACGAGAUGCUCCGUACUGUUACGGAGAUGAAGGGCUACUCAAAGAUCAUUGCAUCCCACCAUGACCCGGAAGCAACCCUCUCGUGGGCCAACAUGUCGUGGAUGCAGUUCUACAACCGCGCCCUCGAGUAUGGUGACAUUAUCAAGCUGGUCGGCGUGGCCAAGAGCCUGGAUGACAACAAUGCUCUACGGAAUUUCAAGGCCUGGGCAGAAGGUGCCCACGACGUGCCGCUGAUUGCCAUCAACAUGGGCGACAAGGGCCAGCUCAGCCGGAUCCUGAACGGAUUCAUGACUCCCGUCUCUCACCCCAGCCUUCCAUUCAAAGCUGCACCCGGUCAACUCUCAGCAACGGAGAUUCGCAAGGGUCUGUCGCUGAUGGGUGAAAUCAAGGCCAAGAACUUCGCCAUUUUCGGCUCCCCCGUCGUAGAGUCGCGGUCACCGCCCCUUCACAACACUCUCUUCGGCUUGAUGGGUCUUCCUCAUGAGUACUCUCGUUUGGAGACCACAAAUGUCGAAGACGUAAAGGACCUCAUUCACGCCCCCGACUUCGGCGGUGCCUCGGUAACAAUCCCCCUGAAGCUGGACAUCAUGCCUCUGCUGGACGAAAUCGCCCAGGAAGCCGAGAUCAUCGGCGCAGUCAACACCAUCGUCCCCGUCGCGAACGGCGACAAGCCCCAGCGUCUGAUCGGCUACAACACCGACUGGCAAGGCAUGAUCCAAUGUCUGCGCAACGCAGGUAUCUACGGCUCAGCGGGCAAGGAAAGUGCCAUGGUGGUCGGCGGUGGCGGCACAGCUCGCGCCGCCAUCUACUCCUUGCACCAGAUGGGCUUCUCGCCGAUCUACGUGAUUGGCCGCACCGCGAGCAAACUUGAAGGAAUGGUCUCCACCUUCCCGACAAACUACAACAUCCGCGUCGUCGACCACCACUCCCAGAUUGAGGUCGUCCCUCACGUCGCCAUUGGCACUAUCCCCGCGGAUCGGCCGAUCGACCCCUCAAUGCGCGAGACGCUGUGCCAUAUGUUCGAGCGUGCCCAGGAGAUCGAUGGAACCAUAAUCGGCAAGUCAUUGGACUCCAAGUCGCCCCGUGUCCUAUUGGAGAUGGCCUACAAACCCUCAGUCACGGCUCUGAUGCAACUGGCUUCUGAUGCGGGCUGGAACACCAUCCCUGGUCUGGAGGUUCUGGUUGGGCAGGGUGUGUACCAGUUCAUCCACUGGACCGGCAUCACCCCUCUGUAUAAUGUAGCCAGGGAUGCUGUCAUGGGCACUAUCACCGCGUCCAAAUAA